AUGAGCACUGUGCAGGACGUGAAUCCCAGGGUGCGUGGGAUCCGAGCCCCAGUGAACCUGCAGGGUCUAGCAGCAUGCAUCUCAGAGCAGAUUGCACAGAGUGUAAAAAAAAACUUCAAGAGUGUGAUUGAUGUCAGCUCAGGUGAUCCACACAAGGCAGGAAUGCCGCCUAUCUCAUUUAUUCGCCAGGUUAUGGCAGUGUGUCUGUACCCUGAGCUCCUCAAAAAAAAAAGCCUUCCUCUGGAUGUCAGGCAGAGGGCACAGAAGCUUCUGGACAUGUGUUCUGGAGGGAGUGUGGGUUCAUACUCCACAACCUCCAGUGGUUUACCACAAGUCCAGAAAUGCAUUUCUGAAUUUAUCACAAGGCGAGAUGGUGGCGUGCCUUCUCAUCCAGAAGACAUCAUCUUAACUGUUGGCUCACAGAAGGGUUUGUCGGUGUUUUUAAACCUGCUUACCAGUGGAGAGGGCAAAACUGAGACAGGUGUGCUGACCCCCAUGCCCUGUCCACAUACUCUGCCCAUGCUGCUGGACAUGACUGGGCUGGCACUGGUUCCAUACCAUCUUUUUGAAGAACAAGGCUGGGCUGUAAACCUGGAUGAGCUGCAUAGAGCUUUAGAGGCUGGAAGAGUCCACUGUGAGCCCAAAGCCAUAUACAUCAGCAACCCAGGAAAUCCUACAGGUUACGUGCAAGACAGAGAAACUAUUGAGAAGGUGAUUCGCUUUGCUGCUACCAACUGCCUCAUCAUACUGGCUGAAGAGGUGCACCAGGAUAGUGUGUAUGGCCAGGACAAAGAAUUUAUUUCCUACAAGAAAGUGCUGUCUGAGAUGGGCAAAACUUAUGCUGAGACAAUGGAGCUGGUGUCUUUCCAUUCAAUAUCUACAGCCCACAUAGGAGAGUGUGGUCUGAGAGGAGGGUAUAUGGAGGUAAUCAACAUUGACCCAGCAGUGAAAAAGUACUUAACUGUCACUUCCAGCGCUCCAGUGUUACCACAGCUGGCAAUGGAAAUUAGUGUUAAUCCACCUAGACCUGAAGAUUCUUCCUAUAACUCAUACACACAGGAGAUUCAUCAUAUUGAGGAUACUCUUUCCCAGAAUGCUAAACGGGCAUGUGAGUUUCUGAAUAGAGUAGAAGGGAUGAGCUGUCAGCCAUCAAUGGCAGGACUCUUUCUUUAUCCCCGGGUACACUUGCCACCUCACAUGGUAGAGGAGGCCAAGAGGUUGGGAGUGAAGGCGGAUAUGCUUUACUGUCAGAGGUUGCUGGAAGAGGAGGGUAUUUGUGUGGGGGCAGGUUGUGAGAAUGGACAGGAAGAUAAAAACUAUCACAUCAGGCUGUGUAUUUUGACUCCUCCUUCCACUCUGGAGGAGAUCUUGGCACGCCUUCGUUCUUUCCACCAUCGCCUGCUGGAAAAACUUAUCGAGGAAGUUUGUAUUUUCAUCGAGGUAGGACAGGACUCCUCUGUGUCUGAGAUAGCAAUGGGGAGGAGUCUGAAAGGAAGAAUGAUGGAGAGCACCAAUUUAAACCAUGCAAAGCAGAGGCUAAUUGGCUCAAAGAAGGCAAGCGAGAAGAUGAUUGGACCAGAAUUCCAAGUGGUCAGUCUGGGCAGCAUCACCUCAUACCCCGUCAUAAUGAACACUGGUGCCCCACAGGGGUGUGUACUGAGCCCUCUCCUGUACUCACUCUACACCUACGACUGCACGGACACAAGCAACUCCAACAUCAUUGUGAAGUUUGCUGACGACACUAUAGUGGUGGGUCUUACAAGGAGGAGCAUCCUCACUGGAUGCAUCACCACCUGGUACGACAACAGCACCGCUUACAACCGCAAAGCUCUCCAGAGAGUGGUCCGGUGUGCCGAAAGGAUAAUUGGAAGUGAGCUUCCCUCCCUCCAGGACAUCUACAGGAAGCGGUGCCUGAGGAAAGCGGGGAGGAUCAUCAAAGACUCCAGUCACCCCAGCCAUAAACUGUUAAAACUACUUCUAUCAGGCAGGAGGUUCUGCAGUAUCCGGUGCCGAACCAGCAGACUGAGAGACAGCUUUUUCCAUCAGGCCAUCAGAUUGCUGAACACUUCAUAG